AUAGUUGAAUAUUGAAAUAUAAAUAUCAAUUCAAAAUUAAUACUAAUUAAUAAUUAUUAUUAUAUUAGUUCAUAAUAUUCAGGUUAUUUAACAAUAUUUAUUUGCAUUGUUAUUUGUCGUUUAAAUGAAAUUUAUUCUAUUUAAUUUAUAUUAAAUUAUAUUCUUUCAAAUACAUUUUUAUAACAAAUGAUUUUCGAAUUCUAAGUAUGAGAGUUAUCGAAUUUUUCAGCGGUAUCGGUGGAAUGCAUUUCGCCCUAAAAGAAUGCAAUUUGAAAGAUUUUGAAGUUGUCCUAGCUGUAGAUAUAAAUACAGUAGCAAAUGCAGUGUACAGACAUUUUUUUCCGUCGACUAACCUCAGAGAUUUGAAUAUCCUUUCACUUAGUCCAGAACAGUUUGAUGCAUAUUGUCCAGAUAUAUUAUUGAUGAGCCCACCAUGUCAACCUUUCACAAGAAAUGGUCUUGUCAAGGAUAUUAAUGAUGAAAGAACAAAGCCACUACUGCACAUUAUUGAAAAUAUAAUUCCUAAAUCAAAAUCACUUAAAUAUAUUUUAGUGGAAAAUGUUAAAGGAUUUGAAAGUUCUUUGGCUAGAGAUAAAUUAAUUUCUGCUUUAAGUCAGUCGGGUUUUACAUUUAAAGAAUUUCUUCUAAGUCCUGUACACUUUGGCAUAUGCAAUUCAAGAUUGAGGUAUUAUUUAUUAGCCAAGAAGAAGCCAUUAGAUUUUGCAAUACCCUUACAAAAUGAUAUCAUAACUGAAAAUAAUUGGGACAAUAAAUUGUGCAGUCGCGUUAAACAAGUUUCAGAUGUAUUGAGUAUAUCCGACACAGAAUUAGAUGAAUAUUUGAUAAAUGACAAGCAACUAUUGAAAGGCGGCAAAGCUUUGGACAUUGUUACCAAACACAGUAAGAGGUCAUGUUGCUUCACUCGUUCAUACAGUUCAUAUUUAUGCGGAACAGGUUCCGUUUAUUCCAGUUUAUGUGAAGAAAAUAUUAAAGAAAUUAUUAAGGACAACGACAGUAAUUUAGAGGUGCUGAAAAGUUUAAAAUUAAGAUUUUUUACACCCGCAGAAAUUGCAAAGUUUAUGUGUUUUCCUGUAUCCGAUUUUCCAGUCAGCAAUAAAAAGGCAUACCAACUUCUAGGAAACAGUAUAAAUGUUUAUGUUGUUUCACGGUUAUUAUGUUUAUUAUUGUCUUAAGCCCUUAAUUUUAUUAUUGUUAUACAUAAUUAUAUUUAUAUAUGUUAUAUGUAAAUUACUACAUUUUUCAAAUAUGGUUGUUAAUAAAGUAAGUUCUAAAAUA